CCGGAGACAGAAGAAGAAGAAGCUGCGCGGUGAUUGGCUGCUGAGAGGGGCGUGCAGCGGUAGCAGAGAGGGACGAUGGCGGCGGUGACCAGAGGCUCCUUCAGUGUUUUCAGGCGGCUGGUGAGUCAGCAGUACCGCCGUCGGUGUUUCCGGCUGCAGACCUUCAGAUCUGUCAGAAACCUGCAGCCGCUCAGCUCCACAUGGGACAGAAAGUUGCAGAUGUUCAGCUGCAGAACGCUGCACACCGCCAUGGUGAAUCACGGACCGAUCGUCCAGUUCAAACUGUCCGACAUCGGAGAGGGAAUCAUGGAGGUGACGGUGAAGGAGUGGUAUGUGAAGGAAGGAGACAAGGUGUCCCAGUUUGACAGCAUCUGUGAGGUUCAGAGCGACAAGGCGUCGGUCACCAUCACCAGCCGCUACGACGGAGUCAUCAGGAAGCUCUACUACGACGUGGACGCCACUGCGCUGGUCGGCAAACCGCUGGUGGACAUUGAGACAGAGUUGAAUUCAGAGGUGAUUCAGGAGGAGGACGUGGUGGAGACGCCUGCCAUGGCCCGAGAGGAACACACCCACCAGGAGAUCAAAGGACACAAGACCCAGGCCACGCCCGCCGUGAGACGCCUCGCCAUGGAGAACAACAUUAAGCUCAGCGAGGUGGUAGGGACGGGUAAGGACGGACGCAUCCUGAAGGAGGACAUCCUGAACUUCCUGGCGAAGCAGACGGGCGCCAUCUUGCCUCCAACUCCAUUCCAGGAGAUCCAGACUCCGCCCCCUGCUGCCUUCAUUACUGCUGCUGCUGCCAGGCCAGCCAGCGUUCCACCAGCUGUAAAGCCUCCACCAAUCACCAAACCUGUCUUCACCGGAAAGGACGUGACAGAGCCGCUCAAAGGUUUCCACAAAGCGAUGGUGAAGACGAUGACGGCGGCGCUAAAGAUUCCUCACUUUGGUUACUGUGAUGAGGUGGACCUGAGCCGACUGGUGUCUCUGAGGUCGGAGCUGAAGUCAGUGUCUGAGAGUCGGGGGGUCAGACUGAGCUACAUGCCGUUCUUCAUCAAGGCCGCCUCCCUCGGCCUCCUCCACUUCCCCAUCCUCAACGCCUCGGUGGAUGAAGCCUGCCAGAACAUCAUGUACAAGGCGUCUCAUAACAUCGGCCUGGCGAUGGACACCAGUCAGGGUCUGCUGGUUCCGAAUGUGAAGAACGUGCAGCUGCUCAGCGUGUUGGAGAUCGCUCAGGAGUUGAACCGUCUGCAAACGCUGGGAGCUGCUGGACAGCUGGGUGCCGCCGACCUGAGUGGAGGAACGUUCACGCUGUCCAACAUCGGAUCAAUCGGAGGGACGUACGCCAAGCCGGUCAUUCUUCCUCCUGAGGUCGCCAUCGGCGCUCUGGGAAAAAUCCAGGUUCUGCCGCGGUUCGAUGCUGCCGGUCAGGUGGUCCGAGCUCACAUCAUGCAGGUGAGCUGGUCGGCGGAUCAUCGCAUCAUCGAUGGAGCCACCAUGUGCCGCUUCUCCAACCUGUGGAGGGACUACCUGGAGAACCCGGCCAGCAUGGUGCUGGACCUCAAAUAGACAGGACGGUUUCCCAUCAGCCCCGGGGAGGACGCCACCGACCGCCACUCCUGUUUCUGAGGCCUUCACACUCUGUCGUUUCCUUGUUGCCUUUGAGGGGGUGGGGGGGUCAGUCGGUCAUGGUGUUACCGUGACGACCACACUCUGAGUGCAGGUAGACGUAGGUAGUUUGGUUUAAGUGAACUUUAUCUGGACUUUAGGUUUAAACUGCAGACUUCUGAGACGUUCUGUGGCUGCUGGACGACAGGAAUGAUCUGAAAUCGUCUGUCUGAGGUUUGUUCUUCAUAUUCAGUCAGAAAAACAUCACGAGGUCUCAGGAGGGUUUCACAGUUAGUAGCUUUAUCCAAAAGCUUCUGGAGCUUCUGGAUUUCUGAACAUGGCUUUUGGCUGAUUCAUGCUUCCUGUGUGCAGAACCGAAUCUGUUAAAACCACAGUAAUGACA